AUCUUUGGAAACCUCGGGGCAGACUCGUAAUUUCAUUCAUCUCAUUCCUGGUUCCCACUCCCUUCUCUCUCCCUUCAAGCCCACGUCUCUCUGUUAGAUUUUCACCGGCCGGAAUCCUUGAAAUUCCCCACGGGCUCCACGGCCCUUCCUUUCUCUUCAAUACCUCCAGUCCAAAUCUUCAUACAUCAUCAACUAGUCUUUCCCUGGGCCUGUUUCUCUUGAGAAAUCCCACACAAAUCUCCUCCAAGACUCACUUCCUGAUCCCCAGAAACCAUUGAAAUCUCGCCAAAUUCGGGAGAAAGCACCCGAUUUCAGGAGCGAGCGAGAUUUGGAUCCAUAAUCGACGAUGUCGUCCUUCGAGGAGGAGGAGGAGGCAUUCGAACACACGUUGUUGGUGGUGCGGGAGGUGUCGGUGUACAAGAUCCCGCCGCGGAGCACGAGCGGCGGGUACAAGUGUGGGGAGUGGCUCCAGUCCGACAAGAUCUGGUCGGGCCGCCUCCGGGUGGUGUCCUGCCGGGAGCGCUGCGAGAUCCGGCUCGAGGACCCCAACUCCGGGGAGCUCUUCGCCGCCUGCUUUGUCCAGCCGGGUCAGCGCGACAGCUCGGUCGAGACCGUGCUCGACUCCUCCCGCUACUUCGUGCUCAAGAUCGAGGACGGACAGGGCAAGCACGCGUUCAUCGGCCUCGGCUUCAAUGAGCGCAACGAGGCGUUCGAUUUCAAUGUGGCGCUGUCUGACCACGAAAAGUAUGUGAGGAGGGAGCACGAGAAGGAGACGGGUGAGGAGAGCGAGGAAAGUCACAUUGAUAUCCAUCCUGCAGUGAAUCAUCGGCUGAAGGAAGGAGAAACCAUCCGUAUAAAUGUGAAGAACAAGUCAUCUAGUGCAAGUGGCAUGCUUUCAUCUGCUGGCCUAUCGGGAGGGGCUUUUGGCAAACAAAAAGCAAGUACAAUUCUUGCACCACCGCCUGGUGGAGCCGGAAAGAUCAGAUCUCCUCUUCCACCCCCGCCUAAUGACCCUGCAGUUGCUAGGAUGACCUCAGAUCACAACCCUGGACACAAGGCUCCCAAAGAUUCAGCAAGGCAUCCUGCUAAUCCUCUUGCAGAUCUUUCUGCAAUUGAGAGGAGCCUACCUUCAAGUGGGUCCGGGUCAGCAAAGAGUACUGCAUCUGGUUGGGCAGCAUUUUGAGUUCCCAGGAGUGUUCGCUGCAUGCAGUCUUCCAUUCAAUGAGAAAGAGAGACAUUUCUAGGAGAAGAAUGCAAACGCUUGUUCUCAUCCUUUUUUUCUGAAAAAAAAACAGAUGGUAUGUUGGUGGAAUUGCAUUCCUCUAUAUACUCAAGUAAUUUUUUUACAAAAUAUUUUACUUUUUUGAGGUGACAGGAGUUGGAAACUUUGGAUACAUGAUGUAAAUGUUUUUCGUCAUUUUCUUGCUGAAUGACUAUCAAAACAUUCCUUGUUCUUUUCCAUGUGAACAAUGACUUACAUCUGUAAGCCGUAUUACUAUUUCAAAGUCAUUAUAUACUGGUUUCAA